UGCUACCUAUAUCUAGAAGGAAAUAGAUAAUAUCUUCAUUUCUGGAUGUCCUGAUUUCGUAGCAUAAUUAGGACUUAUUUUUGUGUCUUGGGUGAAAAACUGCCAACAUUGAGGUCUCUCGCAAGGUUAUUAUUGAAGGCCAUUUGAGAAACAGUAUGGCUUCAGUGAAUUCUAGCUGUGGGUAUGUAACACAUGCGUACAAUGAGUUUUGGAGUAUUGCCUCUAGGCUAAACUUUUUUUUUUUUUUGCCCAUGUUGGAUGAGAAACAAAUAUUAUUGCCAUGGUAUGUAUGGCUGUGGGCAUAGCUGAGCUCCUUCUAUUGGGAACUCAUUCCCUUUUAUCUAUAUCUGUUGACUGUUGUGUUUGACACCUUAACAGACAAGCAAGUGGAGGCCUUUGGCUCUGUCUGGAAAUGGAUCGCUAACCUCCCAGAAAUUCCUUUAGCCUACAGGAAAAAGGAAACGAAAACUAUCGAGAAGCGGAAUUGUACAAUACUCAGACAGAUUCAACAUCCACACAUCCACAGUGCUGAACAAGGCAUAAUUGCAGUUUGGGGGCUACUUCCUCAUACAAAUACUAAUGGAGAAGCUCAACCUGGUCAACAGUGUGCUAUUUACUGGUGGAUGGGCUAAAACUGGUUUAUACUAUGAGACUGUGCAGGAGAUUUUCAAGGUUCAUAUUUACGAUUCACGGUCUUUCAUUGGUGGAAAAGUGGGCUCAUUUGUAGAUAAGGGUGAGAAUCACAUCGAGAUGGGACUUCAUGUCUUCUUCGGUUGCUACAGAAACCUUUUUCACCUGAUGAAAAAGGUGAAAUCCCCAUCCUUUGUCAUAAGACUCAUAAUCUCUAGACGCAGAAAUGUGAACCAUCUCCAGUGAGUUGAGGCAUAUCUUCAUCACUCAGUUUUGAUUUAUGAAAGCUGGGGCAGAUUAUUCCUCGAAGGAAUGACUGUUUGUGAUAUUAGAAUUGAUGUAUGGUCAAUAGUCCCAAACCAAAUUGUACUUAACCGAAAAAUUUCUACGGUGAGAUGGAUAGUAUAAUUAGGAGUUAGUUCUAUCCGUUU